AUGACGAGCUAUUAUAACCCUAACUGUGACCGAUAUUUACAAAGGACUGAUGACUCAAAGUCUCACAAACUCAAGAAUGCAUAUUGGACCACCAAACAAGCUGUAAUUAAGACACUACGUCGAAAGCAAGACGAAAAUAUUGUGGCUUCCGACUCCGAUCUAGACGCGAAAUUGGAGCUACUGAAAUCUGUUCAGUCGACAUGUCGAGACCUUGAUAAUAUAUUGGCACGUUAUCAGAGAACUAUAUGCUAUGUUUCACAGGCUGAAAAUGAAAUGGGACGGUUUUUAAAGCAAUAUAGUUUAGAAGACAAAACGCAGGCCGGGAAAAUUAUGUCUGCUGUCGGAAAAGCUUUGAGUAGCUCAGCACAACAAAGACUUACCUUACUCGAUCCUCUUGAUCGUGUUCACCAAGAAGUCAAAACAUUCAGACAACGAGCAAUCAGUGAUACGACAAACACAGUUAAACAUAUGGAACAAUUUCGUACGGAAUAUCGAGGUGCGUUGUUGUGGAUGAAAAGUGUAAGCGAGGAGUUAGACCCGGAUACACACAAACAAUUGGAAAAAUUUCGAUGUGUUCAAGCCCAGGUUCGUAAAGCAAAAGCAUCAUUUGAUCGCUUAAAAGUGGACAGUAUGCAAAAAAUUGAUCUGUUAGCAGCUAGUCGAUGUAAUAUGCUAAGUCAUGUACUUGUCGGAUAUCAGAACACUUUGUUAACUUUUCUUGAAAAAACAUCCCAUAUGAUGGUAGCUGUAGCAGAAAGUUUUCGAGGUUAUCAAUAUUAUGAAUUUUCAAUUCUACGACAUUUAAGACCAGAAAGUCGUAAAUUGGCUGGAUAUAAAACUGAUGAUGAUGAUGUUGAUGGUGAAAAAGAUAUCGAUAGGUUAGAUAGUGGCGGUGAUAUGAAUCAAGUUGAAUUAAAUAAUUCAAAUGACAAUAGCCAUGGCGCAUCAGUACAUCAUCAAUCGAAAACAAUGUUAACAAAUGAAGCUGAAUUGGAUAAACGAUUAGAUGAAAUUUUCUCUGGGACUAAUUGUGAUCAAUUUGAUUUUAAUUCUGAACAAUUUAAAUCAGCCAGAAAUCAAACUAGUUUAGAUGGUACUACUGAAGAUUUAUUGAAUAAAUCUACUGAACAAGUUCCUGCUGAUCAUAGAGAUUUGUUCAAUGAUUUAUUUCUUAAUAAUACAAAAGAUGAUAAAUUUAUUGGACAAUUUUCUGGAGUAGAUUCACGUUUUUUCGACCACCAAAAUAAAAAUGAAUUCAUGACUGAUUUAGAAUCUGUCUUUAGCGAAGUGGAUCAAACUUGCCAAAAUUCUGAUUUUGGACCGUUGCAGAGUGCAGAGCCAAAAUAUGAUCAGGAUACUUUCAAAACACCGAUACUUCCUUCACAUUUAUUAGGACAAGAUUUUCAAGAUUUAUUCUCCAAUCCAGGCAUUUCUAAUUCAAAUAUUAUUACUCAACCAAUGAAAUCAUCUAUGAAGAAUGCUAAUUCACUUAGUAAAAAUAACGACUCUGAACAAUUGUGUAAAAGAAGCGAUACGUCAUUAGGUACCAUUUCAAAUACCACCAAGUCAUCAUCAUCAACAUCCUCAUCGUCAUCCCAAAAGCCAACAAAUUUAGACGCUUGGUUAAACUUGUUUUCCGAUCUUGGACCAAUUGGUAAUCCAGAUACACUAUCGAAAAAGACUGGUCAAGUUACAGAUGCUUAAGAGUUAGUUAUACCUGAAUACUAAAGUGUUGUACGCGCUGAUCAUGACCAUUCCACGGUAUCGCCCCCCACUUAAAUUCCGCAUUCAUUACACACACCCGUGUCAUUCACAUAUGUCCGUGCGUGUGUGUGUGUGUGCGUGUAUGUACUUCGUUUAUUAUGAACUGUGUUCAUUAAUUUAUUAUAUUUAUGUCUCUUUUUUGGUACUUUUCAAUUGUCUCUGUUUUUUUUGUGAACAUUUUAUUUUGGGAAAAUUGUUUUCUUUUAUUUCGAAACUUAGUAAAUUUCUAAUAUUGUCUGUGAUAGUUGUUAUUAUUAUCAUUAUCAUUAGGUAAGUAAGUAAGUAGAGUGAUCUGGAAGAAACUUUCUAAUAUGUCUUUUUCUUUCAUCAUUAUUGUUUUGUGAAUUUGGAAAUUAUUAUAAAUUCAUGUGUAUAUUUUGUUUUUCUAUGGUAAUGAAAAUCAUUCUCAUAGUAUA